GAUAAGGAAGCAGAGAACGAAACGAAUAAUCAAAGAAGAAGAAGAAAACUCAAUCAAUGGCGAUUUCUACUUUAACACUUACACAAUCUCUUUAUACACGUUCCUUCAGACCCACCAUCUUCCCUUCUUCUUCUUCCUCAUCCUUCUCGUGUCUCUGUUCUUCUUCCUCCGAUUGCAAACCGAAACUCUCCGUAAAGAAACGCGUUUUCGGAGUGGGUUUAGGGUUAUUAGCUGCUUCGAUUCUCUCUCUGACGCCUCUGGACGCAUACGCCACGAGGAUUGACUACUACGCCACUGUAGGAGAUCCUCUCUGUGAAUACAGCUACGCAAAAUCAGGACUUGGAUUUUGCGAUCUCGAUGUUGGAUUUGGUGAUGAAGCCCCUCGUGGCGUUCUCGUCAAUAUCCAUUACACGGCGAGGUUUGCAGAUGGAACAUUGUUUGACAGUAGCUAUAAGCGUGCAAGACCACUUACUAUGCGAAUUGGGGUCGGCAAGGUUAUUAGGGGUCUAGACCAGGGGAUUCUUGGAGGCGAAGGAGUACCUCCUAUGCGAGUAGGCGGAAAGCGUAAACUUCAGAUUCCACCUAAGUUAGCUUAUGGACCAGAGCCUGCAGGAUGCUUUUCUGGUGACUGUAACAUACCUGGCAAUGCAACUUUGCUCUAUGAUAUCAACUUUGUUGAGAUCUACCCGGGAAGUAACACAAGAUGAAGCCAACUCCAAUUUCGUUUGGUAAAGGAAGAAACAACUAUGUAUAUGAUGUAUAUCACCAGGUGAUUCCUUUUGACCAUCUUCAGAUGACAAUUAUUAUAAUUUCUAUGACCAAAAACAUCGAUAAUUUCAACUCAACCCAAUGAUGGCUUGCUGUUGAAUAACAAGACACAUAUUCUCUCACAAGUCUGUUUCUUGUUUUCUGUUGAGUUAUGACAUUGGAAGAUCAUGUACUUGCUUAGGUGUAUAAGCGUGUGUUAGGUUAGAUUCAGUCUAGGUUAGUGAUGCAGCCUGUGUCACAGAGAUGUACAGAGUUUAGAAUAAAGUUGCGCGAUGUGA